AUGCACCGUGCUUGCAGCGAGUCCAAGAUUAGCUUCAAUAACGGUAGAGACAGGGUUCAGGCAGGAACCGGGUGGAGUGAGAGUCGCCGUGCCACGCUCCCGCACGGCCCUAGCGUGCCUCCUGGCCGCGGCGACCAGGGGGGCCAUCACGGCUUGAACGCGUCCCUUGCAUCGUCUGUGGCCCACCUAAGUGAACCGCCGAGCGACCGCGCGACCAAAGGCACCCCCGUCCCUCCGCGCGUUGGCGGUCCCUUUGACGUGGGCUGCGUCGCGUCCUCUGUUGGCGAUGACUGUGAGCGCAUGGUUGAGGUGCUCUCGCUCGGUAAAUCGGGCGGGGAAGAACGCCCAAGGACAAUGUACAGCGACCCAUACGACUCGUGCACGCAACAAUGUCUUGCGCGCUCUUCUUCCGCCCCUCCAGCUUCCUCUGACACCCACUUGGAGGCUGGAGCCAGCCGCAGCGGCCGAGGCAACAUCCUUGCUUUUCCGCCUCGGCGCAGAAAGAGUUUCUCUGUCCUUGGGGAACUCACUGCGUCGCUGGACGAAACGAGAAAGCACUGUGCCUCGGACGAGGCGGAGGCUCUGCGGGGAGACGGUUUCUUGGAAACGAUGGUGUCGUUGCCGUCUUCGGAGAAGCGAUCCUCUAAAUGCCCUUGUCAAGUCCCAAAUUCAGCCACCGAUGAUGAUGAACGUGGAAAAAUUAUUCUUGAAGCUUUCAAUGAAUUAAGCAGUGAUAACCGGCGGCGUGAGCUUCUUCACGUGUUUUGUAAUAUGUACUUUCGGCCAUUUGAGCGUAGUCGCUCACACACUGCAGACACGUGGGACGCGUUCAAACGAAUAGGAUGCAGUGACGCAUGUUGCGGCUUCGAAUUUGAUCGUGAGCGGCUUUCUGUGUACGUUACUAUAGCGCGGAGGAAGUACCGUUUUUUCCCCCUUUCAUUUUUACUUCGUGCGAUCUACAUCACUUUGUUCUGGGCGCUUAUGUAUACACUGUCGCCGACGCCAUUCUCACCUGGAGGGCUCUACUUUGACACCAUCACCACCAUCCUUUUCGCGGGUCUCGUUGGAUGCCUAAUCUCACGCUUUAUACCUGUACCUUCACUCGUGUCUAUUAUUGCGGCAGGGCUUUUGUACGGCAACGUCCCUCGUGCGGCAUACCUAACCUCCGGUAUCACGAUGCCGAUGCGCAACUUUGUCAACACGCUCGGAGUUGCAGUGGGGGUUAUUCGCGCUGGGCUUUCGAUGAACGUUGACGCACUGCGAAAACACCUAUUCGCCUACCUUCUCUUUGGCAUGCUACCCUUGCUUGCAGAGGCGUUGCUGCACGGUGUUUUGUGCAAAUUGGCGUACAAUUACCCGGAUUAUCUUUGGGCCUUGUUGCAGGGAUUUCUCGUUUCUGCCGCCGCCCCAGGCGUGGUGGCGCCGGUUCUGAUUGAACUGCAAGAGAAGGGCUACGGCACACGGGACGGCCCGGGCAUGCUAAUACUCACCUCCGUCUCUAUUGAGGCGUCACUGUGCGUAUUCAUUAUUCAGCUUCUCGUUUCUCUGGAGUUUAAAACGUCAAGCACCUUCUUUGCCAUUCUACUUGUUCCUCUGCAAAUUGUUGCUGGAGCGUUGGGUGGAAUUCUUCUAGGCGGGCUGGUGUUUUUUGCCGCCUUUCAUGUUCUUUGUAUGGAGGCGGAGCGAAUUCCUCUGGGGAAUGGGCGCACCCAGCGUAUGACGCAGCGGCACGCGACACAUGUGCGCCACCUCUCCGUCCUCCUCAUUUUACUACUUGCGUUGGCAGCUGUUUCCGUCGCUCGCGUUCUGUCGUGCGUGGGCGGGGGUAUAUUUAUGGCCCUGGUGAUGGUCGUCUCCUUCAACGUUUUCUGUCUGCGUGGUGGCAGCAGCUACCACGUGGAGCUGAGAGGCGAACUGGUGCAGGCCUUUACCACAAUUUGGGACUACGUCGCAAUGCCGGCGAUGUUUGCACUUUCCGGGGCCGACGUUGCGCUCUACGACAUCGUUGAUCGAAGGUACUUCGGCUACACCGUCGGCAUCAUCCUCGCCGGCCUGGUGGUUCGCUUUAUUCUCGCCUUACUGACGCCGCUGAUGGCACGCAUGGGCUUCUCCUGGAAGGAGCUGCUCUUCUGCGGCAUCGGAUUUCUGGGGAAGGGCUCGUUGCAGGGCCCGUUGGGCGCCGUCGCGCUGGCGUACGCGUACGCGCAGCUGGAGUCGGCCAAGUCGCCUAAAGAAAUGGCCGUGGCGCAGCAGCGGGUAGAAUACGCACGUUUAGUAAGAAACGCGGCCGUGCUUUCCACGUUGAUUGCUUGUCCAAUUUGUUCCAUUUUCCUUUGGAACUUUGCGGCGAAGCUGCUUAAGCGUGACGCGGAAGAUGCAGAAAUGUCACUGCCGAACAGGGAGUAA